UGCUUCAUAUUAUUUAUACUUGUAAAGCCGUGUAAUUUAGCGAUAUCGAUUAACGUCGAAGGCCCUCCUAAAUUCUUAAUCCCUCCACUCGUUACGGUCCGGUCCGACACAAAUAUUGUUUAAUAUUCACUUAUUUUAUAUCCAUUUAUUAGGAAGAAAGUCAUUGAUUGGUGCAAUCUAUUAAACAACUAUAUAAACUCCUCGUUACUGCCAUUAACGAGCUUCCCUUUUCCUCUGUUCUUCACUUUAAGAAAAAUUACAAACUUUAUCUUGUUCUAUUGGAUGAAUCUCUGAUCUGGGUUUGAUUAGUCACCAUUAAUUUAAGAGUUUUCACCUGAAUUCAAAUCUGUACUUUUGAUUUUCAUCUUCCGCACCCUAAAACAGAGCAUCAUGGAGAACGAGCUGUUUAUGAAUGCAGGAGCUUCUUCGCAUACGCCGGUUAUGACGUCACCGUCUUCUUCGCCGGCGAUGCUUAACUGGGUUUCAAUGGAGACUCAGCCAGUGGACCCAAGUCUCGGUUGCAAUCUGUUUUGGGAAAAGUCAACGGAACAGAGCAUCUUCCAUUCGGCUCUUAGCUCACUCGUCUCUUCUCCGACGCCGUCAAAUUCUAACUUUUCCGGUGGAGAAAAUGUCGUUAUCAGAGAACUCAUCGGGAGAUUGAGUAACAUCGGCGACAUCUAUGGAACUCCGGCGAGCAACGGAAACGUCUCUGGCUCGUGUUACGCAACUCCGAUGAGCUCUCCAACGCCUGGACGUAUGAUGGUGACGAAAACGACGAUGCCGAUAACAGAAUUUUCCGGCGAUCCGGGAUUCGCAGAGAGAGCGGCGAGGUUCUCGUGUUUCGGUAGCCGGAGUUUCAACGGCAGAACAAACUCGCCGUUUCCGAUUAAUAACGAACAACCCGUCGCAACCAAUGAGAAAAUGCCACGUAUAUCAAGCAGCCCAGUUCUUAAGCCUCUCGUGUCUCAUGUUCCCGCCGGCGAAUCGUCCGGUGAAUAUUCCCGGAAAAGAAAAGCAAAAUCCAAACAGAAUUCUCCUUCUACAGUUUCACCAUCAAAGGAGAUUGAAGAGAAGGAAGAUUCUGAUCCAAAGAGAUGCAAAAAAUCAGAAGAUAAUGGAGACAAAACAAAAUCAAUUGAUCCUUACAAAGAUUACAUUCAUGUUCGAGCUCGACGAGGCCAAGCCACCGAUAGUCAUAGUCUCGCCGAACGAGUUCGAAGAGAGAAAAUAAGCGAAAGAAUGAAGCUGCUUCAAGAUCUUGUCCCUGGUUGCAACAAGGUUACUGGAAAAGCACUGAUGUUAGAUGAAAUUAUAAACUAUGUCCAAUCAUUGCAACGACAAGUUGAGUUCUUGUCGAUGAAGUUAUCGUCGGUGAACACCAGGCUGGACUUUAACAUGGACGCUCUCUUGUCUAAGGAUAUAUUUCCUUCAAGCAACAAUCUAAUGCAUCAUCAACAUGUACUUCAAUUAGAUUCUUCAGCAGAAACGUUAUUGGGUGAUCAUCACAAUAAUAAUUUGCGGCUGAACCCUGAUAUUUCUUGUAAUAACAUAAUAAACCCUUCAGAAACUUCUGAAACUAGAAGCUUCAUUUCUCACUUACCAACACUUGCCCAUUUCACUGACUCUAUUUCUCAGUAUUCAACAUUUUCCGAAGAUGAUUUAACUAGCAUUAUUCAAAUGGGUUUUGCGCAAAACCGGCUCCACGAAUUAAACCAUGGUUCAUCAAAGCAAGUACCGUCGCACAUGAAAGCUGAACUUUGAUCAACCAUUAUUUGCAUUUUUACAAAAAAUAGUGGAGUUUUAAAGGUCUCGAGGAUAGAUAGUAAGAAAAGGAUUGAUGGGUGUACAUAACAAGAAGCUUGAAUUGGACCACACCAUUUGCGAAUUCAUUUCUAUAAUCAUCUUGAUAUACAUAACUUCUUCUUUUUAUCCUUCUGAUUCAUUUAUGGUGCUCAAUUGUAUUGUCAUGUUGUUAUCCUCUAUUAUUAUCAGAUUCUUUAAGCUUUUAUUGUUUGGAUUUAAUAUCAUUGUAAGCUUUAACCUCA